AAUUUGUACGGAUUACUUACCAACUAUCAUUAAAAUGCAAAUUCAAUGGGUUAAUAAGUUGACCAAAAAGUAGUCAACUUUUUUUAUGAGUUUUUCGAAUAUCUCGGCAAAGUAAUAUGCAUGUGUUACAUGUAUUGCCACACACACUUUAAUUGGUAUAACAUCUUUGCAAGCUGAAUCUAAAAAGCUGGUUUACCUGAAACUUUAGUGUGGGUUUUAUUUGGCUGGAAGGCUGGACAGUCAUAAAUCAAUAAAGAUAAUUUCCAGAAAAAUUGGUUGCAAUGCUACUUAGCUAUCAAGUUUUAGUUUGACUACGAUAUCAAUCAGUCAAUUAUCGCUAUGCGUGUGAUUUGGGUGCUUGCAACGCUUGUGGUUCUAGCUAGCGCUGGGUCACUCAAGGACCCGCCCACGACGCGUUACGAUAACUACAGUGUCUAUCAGUUAAGCAUAAAGAAUAAAAUACAAUUAUCGCUGAUAAAUAAACUGGGUGAGCUUAGCCAAAAGUAUAAUAUCUGGAAGGAAUACGAUGACCACACCAAGCAAAUGCACAUUAUGGUCAGUCCAUCAGAGUCAACGCGCUUUCAGCUACUCCUUAAAUUUGUUGGUAUCAGCAGCCAGCUCUUAAUAGACAAUGUUCAAAAGCUUAUCGACGACGAGCAAAUAUCCAACAGAGAUAGCGGCACCUUUGGCUGGAAACGUUACCACGAACUGUCCGAGAUCGAGGCAUGGUUGGAUGAAAUUUUGGCAACCUAUCCCAGCGUGACUGAAAGUUUCUCUAUUGGCCAGUCCUACGAGGGACGAAACAUUCGUGGCAUCAAGAUUUCCCAUGGCUCUAAUAAGCCCGGCAUAUUUAUUGAGUCUAACAUACACGCACGUGAGUGGAUCACCUCGGCCAGUGCCACGUGGUUCAUCAACGAGUUGCUUACCUCACAGACAACAGAGGUGCGCAACUUAGCGGAGAACUACGAUUGGUAUAUUGUGCCCGUCUUCAAUGUAGAUGGCUUUGAAUACUCCCACCGCCAGAAUCGGCUGUGGCGCAAGACGCGUCAACCCCACGCCACCUCGUCCUGCAUCGGAGUCGAUGGAAAUCGUAAUUUCAAUUCACACUGGAUGGAAAAUAAUGGCGCCUCGUCGGAUCCUUGCAGCGAGACAUUUGCCGGCGAAUCACCUUGGUCGGAGCCAGAGUCUAAGGCGCUGUCCGAGUAUCUAACAAGCAUCAAGGAUAAAUUCAGCGUGUACCUAUCUUUUCACUCCUACGGCCAAUGGUUGCUGUCACCCUAUGGCCACUCAAAAGUUGAGUUCCCAGAAAACUACGACGAUUUGCAAGAAAUAGGCGCCGCCUUUGCCGGUGCCAUCAAAAAUUUGGUCUAUGGCACUGACUACGUUUACGGCUCCACAGCCUCCGUGUUAUAUGUCGCUUCAGGUUCGUCUGUCGAUUGGGUGUUCAAUGAGCUGGACAAAAAGGUAGGCUUUACCAUUGAGUUUCGAGACAAGGGAAAUUUUGGCUUCGUACUGCCGCCCGCUCAGAUUCUGCCCAACUGCGAUGAGCUGAUGGCCGGCAUGGUUGCCCUGAUUGACAAGACCAACCAGCUAGGUUACAUAUAAUCCAAACUUUAUUUCUAUUGAUUACUCGUCAUUAAAAUGACUCAUGUAGGACGCCAGCAGAUCAUCAAUCUUGUAGC